AUGGUUCAGGGCCCCUAAAGGGCUGGGACCAGCACUGAGGGCCAGAGGCAGCCGUGGAGGAAUGGGGUAGGGGCUGAGGACAGAGCCAUGGUUCAUAACGGCUCAGUCCCCCACACGCCACCACCCACGCCUCCGCCGCCGACACAGGUGGGCACCAAUGGCCGCUCUUCUGAGAGGAAGAGGACACCCAAGGCAUGUGACUGCUGUGGGCCCAACUCUAAGCUCCAUGAUGGGAAGGCCCCACAUGGGAAGACUCCGGGUGGCAAGUCCCGACAACGCAGGGCCCAGCCGGGGAAGGGCAAGGGCCAGGCACUGGGGGAGACCCCUAAGAGAAAGGGUGGCCGCCCCUCUUAUAAGAAGACCCUGAUGACAGAGGAGCAGGUAACAGCCAUCCGAGAGGAACUGGAGAAAGAAACUGCUGUGGAGCCGGUAACAAACUCUUUGUCUCCACCUGUAACCAACUCUGUUGGUCAACCUGUAACCAACUCUGUCGGUCAACCUCAAACUGUAACAAACUCUAUGGGUCAGAAGUUAACGUACACUGUGGUUAAACUAGUGAAUAAGUCUGUGGUUCAACCGGUAAUGACAUCAGUGGUUGAGCAUUUUGCUGAUUCAGAAAUGGAGCAGGAGAAAGCCUGUGAAGGGGCUGUGUGUGAGGGGGAGCAGGGCCCUGGUUCAGUCAAACAGCCAGUUACAGAUCCUAAAAUGGAGGUCGUAAAGCAGCACCAGCCCCAGGCCGGUGACCCAGCUGUCUCCCUCUCCAACGGUACAUCAGCUGUCCCCAAAGAGGAACCAACAGACUGUAGCGCCCCUAUGGAGGUGGAACCAUCAGCCAUAGCCUGUGUUUCCCCAGGCAUUAUUAUGUGCAGCACCCUCCACCCCUUUGCUCUGUGGGACCACCGAGAUUACUGCAAGACAGGAGUGUGGGCUCCAAGCCCUGAGCCGGAGAAGGAAAGUGCCACAGACUCAGCACAGCAGACCCAGCCAUCACCAAAACAACCCAAACCUGAAGAGGGCAACCAUGAAGGAAUCAGAGACCUCAUCCAUGGUAUUAGACUUUUAUUGCAACUAUGAUUUCAAAUGUGAUACAUUUUUAAUUUCACUGGUUAUGACCUUUUUACUUAUUUAAGGUGCCUGUCUCUCCCUCAGAGUUCCUUGAGCUCUUCUAUGUGAAGUACGGGAGCUUCAUCCCCCUCAGUGAGACUGAUGUCUUGGAGCACCUGAAGAACAAGUGUAACACUGACUUCGAUGACAAGUAUGAAUCAUUUGCGAUACACCCCACAAACCAGUUUUACUUUCAACACUGACUUCCAUCGCUAUGCUAAUAGAAUCUCUGUGCUUUUGUCUACUUGUUAUUCCAUUUGACCCUUGGUUUGACCUGUCUCAUCCCUCCUCUGUACCAGGAAGCUAAACAUCCACUCAGAAGUGGUGAAGUACAAAGCGGGUCUAGCCUCCACCCCGAUGAACUGCUUUAAAGUGGACUACAACAAGCACACUCUGACCCUGGAGGAUCUGUCCACGCUGGACGACCAAAACUGGGUCAACGACCAGGUAGCUAUGGCCCAUAGAAAACGGUGUGCUUGCUGCUUAUCAACCUGAUUCACUGUUGUUUUAUCUAACCUGAAAAUCUAAAAAACUUGAGUACAGGCCCUAUGUUCCACCACGAAUGACGAGGAUUAAGUAAACAUUUUCAUGUUUCUAUGUCUUGUGUGUGUCCAGGUGAUAAACAUGUAUGGCGAAUUGAUCAUGGAGGCUACAGAGCACAAGGUGAGAGUGCAUUCAUUUUGGAUCCUUGAUCAGAAUGUUCAACAAAGGGUUAUUGGUAAAAGGGAGUUGUUAGGAUGGUGGUGGUCUUCUGUUGGGUUUCCAAGGUUACUGAAUUGUCUUUGUUUUUUUCCUGCAGGUUCAUUUCUUCAACAGCUUCUUUCAUAGGCAGCUGGUGGCCAAAGGCUAUGAAGGGGUUAAGAGAUGGACCAAAAAGGUAAGCUGAUGGUAGGUCAGAUCAUUAGCUCUGUAGUGCUGAGCGAUUAACUGAAAUUGUGGUUAUUUUUGUGGUUAUUAAACAACUAAUUGACCGACGUUGGUUCAAUUACUUGAAUUCCAUUUAGUUUUUAGUUGUGAGCCCAACGCGUCAUUUCUCUAGAGAGAAAUUAAAUCAUUGACGAGAUAAAUCAAGUCAAGAACUACAGUGAGGGGAAAAAAGUAUUUGAUCCCCUGCUGAUUUUGUAUGUUUGCCCACUGACAAAGACAUGAUCAGUCUAUAAUUUUGAUGGUAGGUUUAUUUGAACAGUGAGAAACAGAAUAACAACAACAAAAUCCAGAAAAACGCAUGUAAAAAAUGUUAUGAAUUGAUUUGCAUCUUAAUGAGGGAAAUAAGUAUUUGACCCCUCUGCAAAACAUGACUCAGUACUUGGUGGUAAAACCCUUGUUGGCAAUCACAGAGGUCAGAUGUUUCUUGGGAUUAAGGUUUGGAGACUGGCUAGGGCACUCCAGGACGUUAAUGUGCUUCUUCUUGAGCCACUCCUUUGUUGCCUUGGCCGUGUGUUUUGUGUCAUUGUCAUGCUGGAAUACCCAUCCACGACCCAUUUUCAAUGCCCUGGCUGAGGAGGUUCUCACCCAAGAUUUGAUGGUACAUGGCCCCGUCCAUCGUCCCUUUGAUGCGGUGAAGUUGUCCUGUCCCCUUAGCAGAAAAACACCCCCAAAGCAUAAUGUUUGACAGUGGGGAUGGUGUUCUUGGGGUCAUAGGCAGCAUUCCUCCUCCUCCAAACACAGCGAGUUGAGUUGAUGCCAAAGAGCUCCAUUUUGGUCUCAUCUGACCACAACACUUUCACCCAGUUCUCCUCUGAAUCAUUCAGAUGUUCAUUGGCAAACUUCAGACGGCCCUGUAUAUGUGCUUUCUUGAGCAGGGGGACCUUGCGGGCGCUGCAGGAUUUCAGUCCUUCACGGCAUAGUGUGUUACCAAUUGUUUUCUUGGUGACUAUGGUCCCAGCUGCCUUGAGAUCAUUGACAAGAUCCUCCCGUGUAGUUCUGGGCUGAUUCCUCACCGUUCUCAUGAUCAUUGCAACUCCACGAGGUGAGAUAUUGCAUGGAGCCCCAGGCUGAGGGAGAUUGACAGUGCUUUUGUGUUUCUUCCAUUUGCGUAUAAUCACACCAACUGUUGUCACCUUCUCACCAAGCUGCUUGGCGAUGGUCUUGUAGCCCAUUCCAGCCUUGUGUAGGUCUACAAUCUUGUCCCUGACAUUCUUGGAGAGCUCUUUGGUCUUGGCCAUGGUGGAGAGUUUGGAAUCUGAUUGAUUGCUUCUGUGUACAGGUGUCUUUUAUACAGGUAACAAACUGAGAUUAGGAGCACUCCCUUUAAGAGUGUGCUCCUAAUCUCAGCUCGUUACCUGUAUAAAAGACACCUGGGAGCCAGAAAUCUUUCUGAUUGAGAGGGGGUCAAAUACUUAUUUCCCUCAUUAAAAUGCAAAAUCAAAUUAUAACAUUUUUGACAUGCGUUUUUCCGGAUGUUUUUGUUGUUAUUCAUUGUUCAAAUAAACCUACCAUUAAAAUUAUAGACUGAUCAUUUCUUUGUCAGUGGGCAAACGUACAAAAUCAGCAGGGGAUCAAAUACUUUUUUCCCUCACUGUAUGUGGGACGGUGGGCUGAAGGAAGUUGUAGUUUUAUUAAGCAAAUAUUCAACCUAGUUCAUCUCAGAAACGUGGUAAUUAACAAAAAUAUAAACGCAACAAUUUGAAAGAUUUUACUGCGUUACAGAAAAUCAGUAAAUUGAAAAAUGUGGCACUGACUUGCCCAUGAAUUGAUGUUUCAGCAUUGUCUCAAUUAAGAGUUCAGCGUUCGACUAGCCACAUGCGACAUGCACGCGCAGUUACAAGCCUGCUAGAGUUAGCGGCAGGCGGACGAGCAAUAUCCACGGUCGUAGUAUGGACGAAGCCUGAGCUAGAAUGUGACGCUAACUGAAGCUGGCUAGCUUUUGAAAACCAGAGUAGAUCUUACUUGCUUCAUAGUAUACCACUCGGGUCUCUCUCUCCGUUUGGCAGGUGGAUCUGUUUUCCAAGAGUCUGCUGCUGAUUCCUAUCCACCUGGAGAUCCACUGGUCCCUGAUCACAGUAGACAUGGCCAACCACCACAUCCACUACUACGACUCACAGGGCAUCGUCUUCAAAUACACCAUAGAGGUAUGCUCACCCACACUUUACAGUUCUCUGCUGCUCAAUGAAACUCUGUUGCUUCUCUGAAUUUAGUCCUAGACUUGAACAUUGAUUUGAUAAGCAUGGAAAAUAUUAACAUUGGUCUAUGUCAAGCAUGGGCAACUGGCGGCCCCCCUUUUGUAGGCCCGCUGACUUCUAUUUUUAUUAAUUUUUAACUCAGUCGGGGUCUCAACUUACGGUUGAGUUAUAAUAUAAUUCACAGGGUGCAAUUUAGAAUUGUGGUUGUGCAUCAGCAGUCAAUCAAUUAGCCCAUGUCAGCAAUUGUUUUUGGGAUUGGUAAGUUAGUCUAGUGGCCAGCUAUCUAAACUUGUAGUAAGCAUGGUUGAAUUACCAACCAGGGUGGGGCCCAUUGAUCAUCAGUUAUCAUAUCAAAAAUGGCAAACAUUUGCCUCCACCCCAUGGCAAAAUGUGUAGAAUUGUAGGAAAUUGGCUGUAAAACAUUUUUCUCCCUGCCGCAUGGCAAAAUUUGUAGAAUUGGCAAAAUGUGUAAAAUUGCAGCAAACAUUUUCCAUACGCCCCAUGGCAAAAUGUGCCAUAUUGCAGGAAAUUAACUUUAAAACAUAUGUUUUAUUUUUGCUGUCACGAGGGGGGCCGAUUUAAAAUGUUUUGCUCACAAGGUUGUGGUGGUGGGGAGGGGGGGUUGUAUGGAUGUGGGUACGCAGACCCACGAGCCACUGCGGCCCCUCAUGAGUUCCGUUUUCUUUUGUGGCCCCCACCCCUAUCAAAGUUGCCCAUCCCUGGUCUACCUAGUCCACAUUUUGGGAACCCUGAAGGAGUCAAUGUGUAACUUAACCUUUUUUGUUAACUAAACCCUUGUCUUCCUCUGGUUAUUUGCCCCACAGAACAUCAUGAGAUACAUCCUGGCCGAGGCGAAGGAGAAGAAUCAAGCUACCUAUCAGAAUGGCUGGAAGAUGAUUAUAAACAAGGUAUUGUUUCAUAUGACACCAUGUCACCGUGUUCUCUCUCACGAUUGGCUCUGUGUUUUGACCUCUAACUGUCUCUGGUUCUCACCCUCAGGGUAUUCCUCAACAGAAGAAUGACAGUGACUGUGGAGUCUUCGUAUUGGAGGUGAGUGAGGAAUUUCCCUCUCAUACCACAAAUUCCCCACACACUGCUGUGGUGAACCUUUUUAUUUAAUGUUUUUAUCUCUGCUUCUCUCACAGUACUGCAAAUGCCUGGCUUUAAAAGAACCUCUGCAGUUCACACAGCACGACAUGCCCAAAGUCCGCAAGAGGAUUUACAAAGAGCUCUGUGACUGUAAACUGAGUGACUGACUGAACAGCUGAGAAAGUACCCCUGCCUUUCCAGUGGACCAUGGGUUAACAACUGUUUGACCGUUAUUGUAUAAUAUUGUAUAAGGGCCAUUAACACUUUUUAAAAAACGACAGGAGCCAAGGAGAAACAGAAGGAAAUGCCCUGGAAACAGGACACGUAAUUUGACUAACGACACAUAUGGUGACAGUCAGUCUUUUCUCGCCUUCAGAGGAGGGCCAGCGGUGCAUAUUCGGCCAGUGUUUUGUUUUUUAAAAUCUUGAUAACGGGAGGGAGGGAUCUGAGACUUUCAAUUCCUUUGGGAGUCGACGUCCACAAAGUUUCCACUGCUGACUGACUGUCCUGGGUCCGGAACUAACGCUGCUGCUAUAAGGUUUCAGAUGCCAGUAACGGACCUAUAUGUACUGAUAACGUUUCCUCACUUCAGUUCUUGAAAUGUAAGCAGCAGAUUAUAUGGGACAUUAGGUGAAACUUGAAGGUUCUUCUUUUAUAUCAUGUAAUCUCCACCUGACUGUAGUGUGAGGUACAGAACAAGAAGACUCAUCAAAGGCUAGCUUCGAAUUGAAUGUACUGUUUUGUUGCUUCUUAAUCUCAAACAGCUCUCUAGGGCUAGAUUCAAUCUGUAUCGCGGAAGAU